AUCUGUCGAGACGCGAUCAAAGACCAUAUGGAGUGUCUCGCCAUCUUUCCCACCGAGUUAUGACAACGAUUACAUAUGCGUGGAAAUCUGCAUGGAUGCAGGAUGUAUGCAACGAAAAUGAUGAAAGUAUCUCCUAGUAGAAGGAGAAGGAAGAAAAAUCCAAAGACAGAACCUUAUCAAGAGCUAGUGAACUAUUUGAAAAAAAGCCCGGGCGAGCUAAGGAAAAUACGUAAUCUUGUCAACAAUGAAAAGUAUGAAAGAAAAGGGGUAUUGACUCGUGGAAUGCUGCACAAGUUGGAUGAACAAAAUGCAUUGUUUUCUCUGAAUAGAGAAUGUCCUUCGCGGAAUAGUGUAAUCAUUAUAAAUGACAGUGAUAAUGAAACAAGUGGAAAAGAAGAAGAAGACGCUUCGCUCAGCAUCAUCGAGUGCAGUCCAACAACAUUACCCUCAUCUUCACAGCGAAAAUCGGGAAAGAAAGAAUUGCGGAGAUCUCUUAGACAAAACAAAAACAGAUCGUCAAUAACACUAUCAAAUUUAUCCAUUAUACAAUCAUCGAGUACACAAUCUUUAAGCAAUGGAGAAAAUAUAGCACCGUCACCAAAAGAAGACGAUGUGAUUGAGUUAUGGUCUUCUCUCAAGAAUUCAACAUCAGAUACAUAUGAGAGAAGUACGACGUAUUGUGAUGAUGAGACAAAUGAAAGAGUGAAUUUUGUGAUAGAUACAAAGCCAGACCAGAAAAAUCUAGAAUAUCUAAAGAUGGAUACAGAACCUGUACAGAAGAGACAAAAACUGCGUCACAAUUUUGAUAAAGUUACAUUGUCACCAUACAAGAAACGAAAAAAGAGACAAUAUUCAAUUCUCUCACAAUCUAAUGCACAAUCCCGUGAAAAAAAAGCAAAGACAAUUGUAUCUGGUGAACAAAAUAAUCCAGACUCAAGUCAUAAAUUAAGAGAGAUAAUUGUCGAUGGAUGCAAUGUGGGGAUGGCCCAUUCAAAUCAUCGGAUGUUUUCUGUAAAAGGCAUCCAAUUAGUGGUAGAUUAUUUUACAAUAAGGGGUCAUGCUGUGAAAGUUUUUUUACCAAACUAUUUUCGAAAAUUUACGUUACUUGAAGAGUUAUAUAAAAAGGGUGUAGUUGUUUUUACACCUAGUCGCAACGUCGAGGGCAGACAAAUUACACCUUAUGAUGACCGGUUUAUUUUGGAAUAUGCGACAGCGUGCAAAGGAAUAGUGAUUUCCUCGGAUCAAUAUAGAGAUUUGUAUGAGGAGAAGCCAGAAUGGCGCGAUACAAUCUUGAAUCGUUUGUUGACGCCAACUUUCGUCGGGGAUUACAUCAUGUUCCCAGAAGAUCCAUUAGGCAAGUCUGGACCUAAUCUGGAGACAUUUUUGCGACAUUGAUAGAAUACUUUGUUAUAAAAUGUAUUCUGAGUAAGCUAAGUUGAUGAUAUUGGACCAAACAAUUCAGUCCUGUUGUCAAAGAAAAAUUACAUUUUUGAUAUUGUAAUUUUAUCUCAAAUACCUAUACUCUAUCUGUUUUUCUUUAUGUUUGCUCAAUAUAUAUCUUUUUACGCUAAACUAAUAAAUUAAUAACUAUAUAAUAACAAUGUUAUUUUUUUUAUCAUAAUAAUAUUCUUUUUGUAAAAUAUCCAUGUAUUCAUGGAUAUCCAUAUUAUGAGAUGUAUAUGAAUUGAAAUACAGAGAGAAUUAACAGAUAGAGGUAAGAUUAAGUUGUUUUGUAUAUAAAGCACAUGAAUAAAAUAUAUUGAGAUAUA